CUUCUCUCCAUCACUCAAAACCAAACCCACAUUACCCACAUAAUAAUUCACCUCAAAACUCAUCAACCGAGAUAUGGGUUCUGCAGGCUCUCCGGCGGCUUUGCUCGUUCUGUUCAUCAGCGCUUUGUGGGUUUUAUCCGAUCAGCUUGUGCUUGCAAAACAUGCUAAAGGCAUCACCAGACACUACAAGUUCAAUAUCAAGCUGCAAAAUGUAACGAGGCUGUGCCAAACGAAGAGCAUUGUGACGGUGAAUGGCCAGUUUCCAGGGCCUCGGAUUAUUGCGAGGGAAGGUGAUAGGGUGCUCGUUAAGGUCGUGAAUCACGUGAAGAACAAUAUCACCAUUCACUGGCAUGGAGUGAGGCAGUUGAGGAGUGGAUGGGCAGAUGGGCCUGCAUAUAUAACACAGUGCCCAAUCCAAACCGGGCAAAGUUAUGUUUACAACUUUACCAUCAUUGGGCAGAGAGGAACCUUGUUUUGGCAUGCCCACAUCUCAUGGCUCAGAGCCACUCUUUACGGACCCAUGGUCAUCCUCCCCAAGCGAAGGGCAGCUUACCCUUUUCCACAGCCCUACAAAGAAGUCCCCAUCAUAUUUGGUGAAUGGUGGAAGGCAGACACUGAGACAGUGAUCAACCAAGCUCAACAAAUGGGGGGAGCUCCAAAUGUAUCUGAUGCGUUCACUAUCAAUGGCCUUCCUGGACCCUUGUACAACUGCUCAGCCAAAGAUACAUUCAAGCUGAAGGUGAAGCCAGGGAAGACAUAUUUGCUACGGCUGAUCAACGCUGCACUCAACGACGAGCUCUUCUUCAGCAUCGCCAACCACACCAUUACCGUCGUCGAAGUGGACGCCAUCUACGUGAAGCCAUUCAAGACCAGCACAGUCCUCAUUACCCCCGGACAAACCACCAACAUCCUCCUAAAAACUAAACACCACUUUCCCAACACCACCUUCCUCAUGGCUGCCAGACCCUACGCCACUGGCCCCGCCGCCUUUGACAACUCCACCACCGCCGGAAUCUUGGAAUACCACCAGCCUUCCUCCACCCCAUCAAACCCUAAAAAGACCAUCAAGCUUCCUCUCCUUAAACCGGCGCUUCCUAUUUUCAAUGACACAAAUUUUGCUGCAACUUUCUCCAAGAAAGUCCGCAGCCUAGCCACCGCGAAAUUCCCGGCAAACGUGCCGAAGACGGUAGACAGACACUUCUUCUUCACGGUGGGGCUAGGGAUUAUCCAGUGCUCUCAGAACCAGACCUGUCAAGGACCAAACAACACCAGGGUGGCGGCAGCUGUCAACAACGUGUCGUUUGUCCAGCCAAACAUUGCUCUCCUUCAAGCCCACUUCUUCAAUCGAUCGAAGGGCGUCUACUCCACUAAUUUUCCGGCCAACCCUCCAUUCAAAUUCAACUACACUGGCACUCCGCCCAGCAACAUCAUGUUGAGCACUGGCACCAAGGUGGUGGUGCUUCCAUUCAAUGCUACCGUGGAGCUAGUGAUGCAAGACACUAGCAUUAUUGGCGCCGAGUCUCAUCCUCUCCACCUCCAUGGAUUCAACUUCUUCGUGGUUGGCCAGGGUUUUGGAAACUAUGAUCCCAAGAAAGAUCCCGCAAAGUUCAACCUCGUCGACCCAGCUGAGCGGAACACCUUCGGCGUGCCCUCCGGUGGUUGGGUUGCCAUCCGCUUCCGUGCAGAUAAUCCUGGAGUAUGGUUCAUGCACUGCCACUUGGAAGUUCACACAAGCUGGGGAUUGAAGAUGGCAUGGGUUGUGAUGGAUGGGAAGCUCCGCAAUCAGAAGCUGCCACCUCCACCGUCCGAUCUUCCCAAAUGUUGACCAAAGUUUCCUCCGCCUCGAUCCGUCUCUUCUCAUUCAUUUUUUCUCUUUCAAUUUUCUUUCGUUUUCUCUUUUUCCAAACAUCAUAGGGAAUUAAAGAAACAUAAGGUAUUCUUUUGUAGACUGUUCAGGGAAUGACGAUUGCUUUGGAUUCCAUUUUCUUGUACUCUUAGGCGUGUCGUUUAGGCUUCUAAGACAUCUAUCAAUGGUUAUCUUGCCGAACAUCAAUGGUCUUGUGGUGGC